AUGACCUGGAUGAAUGAGAAUCUUCAUAGACAUAUUGCUACUCAAUUUGGGGAGAAUACCCUAAAAUUGGUACGGGAAUAUGAGAGGACGGCCAGAAAACUUGCGGAUUACAGAAACCAUCUUCGUUUUAACCUACGAUGCCGAUAUCAGGGAAUCACACCAUGCAGCCUACGUCUGGGUUCUUCGGUUAAAGGUCACAGGGCCAAGGUGAUCCUUCAGAAAGCCCAGAAACAACUGUUAAAUGAACGGGUGAGGCAGACUAACUUCUCAAUUGAGGUCCUGGUUCAUAAAUUUGAUAAUGCAAAACAGAGACUGACAGCAAAACUACCGGUGCUGACGUUGCAAAGAGUGGUUGAAUUCACAGAGCGGGCGCAACUUGCACAACAUGCCAAGGGCAAGGAGAGGCAAAUAAACAAAUUCACCAGUUUAUUAUCACGUACCAACAACACCCAGCGAACAGACAAAUCAACAGGGAGGAAGGAAGAUGAAAACAAGACAUGCCAGAACAUCAAGGAUCUGUGGGUAAAGAAUUUAUCAGACAGGGAACUCACAGAACCAGAGAAGGAUGUCUUAGCCAAGGGACUGAACUUUGCAGUGGCCCCACGGUAUGUACCAGUGGUAGACUUCAUCACAGCCACAGAAUCAUCCAUCCACAACAAUAAGAUACCAGUGGAUGAGGCUGAAAACAUCCGGUUAAAAGUAUCAGCAGCCCUAGCUAAUGCUAAAGCUCCCCCUUCCAAUCUAAGUCUGCAAGAGAGGAGGGCUCUGACAUCACUUGCCAAGGACUCAAGUGUCACCAUCCUGCCAGCAGAUAAAGGAAGGUGUACAGUGGUACUGAAUACAUCAGACUACCAUGCCAAAGUGUCCACACUGCUCAACGAUUCAGACACAUAUGAGCAACUCAAGAGAGAUCCAACAAGCAACUACAAGAAGAAGGUUAUAGACUGCUUGCAGCACCUUGAGAAGGAAAAGGUCAUCAGUCCAGCUUUGUAUCGUCGCCUUUACCCAGGCGAAGCCACUCCAUGCCUAUAUGGACUCCCAAAAAUACACAAAGAAGGAGCCCCUUUGAGGCCAAUUGUCAGCAGCAUUAACUGUGUGACUUAUAACAUUGCUAAAUACGUGGCCAACAUCUUAGCCCCCUUAGUUGGAAACACAGUACACCACAUUCAGAACUCCAUGGACUUUGUCAAAAAAGUGAAGGAGUUAAAGCUGGAGAUCGAUGAUACAAUGGUGUCCUAUGACGUAACAUCUCUGUUCACAUGCAUACCCACUGCCGAGGCAAUUGAUACAGUGAGGAAACGGCUGAAACAAGACACCACCCUCAGCAGCAGAACAAAGCUGACCCCAGAACAAGUUUGUUCCUUACUGGACCUAUGUCUCAAUACCACUUACUUCAAGCACAAGGACGUUUUCUAUAGACAAAAACAUGGCUGUGCCAUGGGUUCGCCUGUGUCUCCAAUUGUAGCGAACCUUUACAUGGAAGAAGUGGAAAAGAAAGCCCUGGACACCUUCAAGGGAACAACACCAAGUCAUUGGUUCAGAUAUGUGGAUGACACCUGGGUCAAAAUUAAAGAACGCGAGGUUCCAGCCUUCACCAAACACAUAAACUCGGUGGACAAAAACAUCACGUUCACAAGGGAAGAUGUGAAAGACAGCAAACUGGCUUUUUUGGACUGUGCUAUAGUUAUCAAAGAGGGGAGGGACCUGGAUAUUGAAGUAUACAGGAAACCCACCCACACAGACCAGUACUUGCUGUUUGAUUCCCACCACCCUUUGGAACAUAAACUGGGUGUAAUUAGGACUCUACAUCAUCGGGCUGAAACUGUGGCAUCCAAUGCAGAGGCCAAGGAGAAAGAAUAUAAACAUCUAAAAGGAGCUCUGAAAACUUGUGGGUACCCAGACUGGGCCUUCAUCAAAACCAAAUCAAAGACCAACAGAAAGACCAGACCUACAAACAGAAGGGAGGAACACAGCAGGCGAAACAACAUAGUCAUUCCAUAUGUUGCUGGAACAUCAGAAAAACUUAGGAGAAUUUUCAACAAACAUCGCAUUCCUGUGUUUUUCAAACCCAGCAACACCCUGAGACAGAAGCUGGUGCACCCGAAAGACCCAACACCCAAGCACAUGAAAAGUAAUGUGGUCUAUGCUGUCCAGUGUAGUGAAGAGUGCUCAGACUUAUACAUUGGGGAGACAAAACAACCUCUCUGUAAGAGAAUGGCCCAACAUAGGCGGGCAAACUCCUCAGGACAAGACUCAGCGGUCUAUCUACACCUCAAAGAAAAAGGUCACUCUUUUGAGGACAGUAACGUGCAUAUUUUGGACCGAGAGGACAGAUGGUUUGAAAGAGGUGUGAAAGAGGCCAUUUAUGCCAACCUGGAAAAACCAUCCCUGAACAGAGGAGGGGGCCUGAGACACCGCUUGUCACCAACA